AAACGCGCACGCACUCGGGUCGCGCGCUCCACCGCUUCAUGUAUACCGCGACUGCGACGCGUUGCGUAUACCGGUUACCGGAGCUCCGGCGCCGCGCCGCCGCCGUUUAACCGCGCUCGCUCGCUCGCUAACACACACACACACAAACACAUACACUCGUGUGGAUAAAGCGUAUAUACCGUAAACGCGCAUUUAUAGUUGCGGUACCGCGUUUGUAUAGUGCGCGCGGCGACGUCGUUAGGUAGUGCAGUCGCUUCGGCUGUCGGGUUUAUACCGUCUUCUUCGCCGACAACAAUAUUAUAUGAUCGUAUUAUAGUCAUCGUCAUUAUUAUUAUUAUUAUUAUUAUUCCUAUUAAAAUACUUCCUUCGUUAAUAAAAUAUCUAGGCGGCGACGAGAAACUCGGCGGUCGUCAACACGUGGUCUUUUUUUUCCGUUAAAUAAUAUUUUAUCACCUUUAAUACCGCCGUCCGAUAUUAUCGCAGUGCGUAUCGUAAAUAAUAAAUAAUAAAUUUUAACGUACACACGCCGGUACAGCAAUCAUCACUACUGACGACGGACGAGCGAUUCGCGAGCGUGGCGGCGUCGAGGGACGGAAGGAAGCGAAAAAAAAGAGCGGGGAAACGCGGUCGUAAAAGUAUAGUAAAAAAAAAAAAAAAAAAACACUUUACUACAACCGCGGUAGGUGCACCGCCACUGCUACCGCCGCCACCACGGUUGCCACCGCUGCCGCCCGUCACUCGCCAGCGCUGUCGAAAGUUUGUUUGUAUUUUUUUUUUAUUUUUUUUUUUUUUUUUUUUGUCGACGGCGCGUCUGUUUUUUUCCCUUCCACAACCCGUCGGCCUACCGAUGGCCUUGAAUUGUUCCACCGCGAUCUACCGCCACCACGUUUUUAAAACACUCCGUCGUUGACGGCGACGUGACAAAGAAUCCGGUCUGUUACGUAUUUACCGAACGCGACGAUCGCGGAGGACCGCCGUGGCGGGAUGGUGGUCAAGGGUGCUCAGAUGACCGGUGGCGGGGGCGGCAUCGCCGCUCCCGGUUCCGGGAACACCGGCGAUGGGCUGUUGGACGCCUAUGCCAAGAUGACGGCCGACAUACUGGCCGAAAGGUCGCUGGGUGACUUCCUGUCCGAGCACCCCGGCGAGCUGGUGCGCACCGGCAGCCCGUUCCUGGUGUGCACCAUACUACCCACGCACUGGCGGUCCAACAAGACGCUUCCGGUCGCAUUUAAGGUGGUGGCGCUUGGUGAGGUUCCGGACGGCACGGCUGUGACUAUACGAGCGGGCAACGACGAGAACUUCUGCGCGGAGCUGCGCAACUGCACCGCUCUGAUGAAGAACCAAGUGGCCAAGUUCAACGAUUUGCGGUUCGUCGGCAGGAGUGGCAGAGGUAAAAGUUUUACGCUGACUAUAACUGUGAGCUGUUCGCCCCCACAAGUUACCACUUACAAUAAAGCCAUCAAAGUCACUGUGGACGGACCUAGAGAACCACGUUCCAAAACACGACAACAGCAACAGUUUCAUGCCUUUGCGUUUGGCCAAAGACCGUUCUUAUCGACACAUUUUGCUAAUCCAUUGGAUCCACUGCACAGGACUGCUGAUCCACUUGCUUUCCGCAUGCCAUCCAUGGCAAAUUGUCAAAACAUGGGCCAGUUUGCACCCCAUCAUUCUUGGGGAUACUCUCAUUCGACAGCGUACUCGACGUGGCCAGGUGGAGGCGGAUGCACGAACUUCACGCCGCCCGCGCUCGCCACCAGCUUCACCGGCACCGUCGCCGCAUCCGAACUUCACACCUCCCUGUCGGCAGGACACCAACACGACUUGUUCUCGACGUGCACGGUCAAUGCGCAGACAACAGCCGCCGUGAUGCCACCGUUUGCGGACACGACCGGCACAACCGUCAACGGCACGGGCGACCUAGAGCACCAUCUGCUGCUGUCGUCGUCGACGUCCAACUGUCACCAGCAACACGACCGGAUCGGGUUCCCGACGGUCAGGGGUUACCAGCAGCAACAGCAGUCGGCCGUCAACGACAUGGCGAUGCAGCCGCCGCCGGCGCCGGACCUGCAUCCGUCCACGUCGUCGGGUCCCCGCUCGACCGACUCGUCGGCGCCCGAUUCGCCAACAGGACCCGGCGGGACCGCGGACGACAUGAUGGCCAUCGGCCACACGCACGGUUACGAUCAGUUGAGCGGUGGCGGUUACCACAGCGGCGGCGGUCACCCGACUUCCGGCAUGCAGAUACCGGCGUCGUUGCAACUCUACUCGCAACUGUACCACGCGUCGGCGGCCGGCAACAUGACCAGACACCAUCACCAUCACCAUCACUACCACCAGCCCGGCGACAACGGGGGCGGCGGCGGCGGUGCCGGAGACGACGAUCAUUUGCAGGUUGCCGGCGCCACGCAGAGGCCGACCCAACAGGCCGUGGCCGCGGCCGACCACUCGGCCGUCUGGAGACCUUAUUGAGCGGUAGCGAAACCACGCGACACGGCCGCCGUCCGCGGAACUGCGUCGCCCGUAUUAGAUGUAUGAUGCCCUCCCACACUAUGAUUUUAAUUACGUUGUAUUUGAUAUUAUGUUGUUGCAUUUAAUGUUAUGAUACUGCAUACGAAAAUGUUUAGAUUAAAUAUAACUAAAAAAACUACUCCUAAUGUUGUAACACGUAAGAUAAUAAUGAUUAUUAUUAUUAUAUUGUAUACGAUAAUAUUAAGACUAUUCCUAGAUCAAUAUAGAUCAUAUCUGUAUUAUUACUAUCAUUACUAUU